AGCUCGACAGUGAAAAAUCAAUCACAAACUUCACAGUGAACUUCAGCUUUCUGUAAGAUGAAUAUUUAACGAUAAAUUAACUCAAGGUUAAGUUGGUGUUGACAAGAAGAUUAAGAUGGCACCUACAGGUGCUCAUGGUGACCCCAGGCUAUCAGAAUCCUUCUCGGCCCCCCACCCACACCAUCCAGAACGCAUGAAAUAUAACCGUUCCUCCAGUGACGCAAUCAGCUAUGAGGACUUACUGGUCGCACAAUACCUUGAAGGACUCAAGAAGGCAGAAUCAACUGGCUCACGGAAAAGGCUUAACAGGCCCACUAAGCAUGCCUCCCCAUACAUGCAGAGGCUUGCUCAAAGUGACCACAUGGUCACCAGUGUGACUCAAUCCCUCCCUAAGACACGACGACCCAUCUCGGCGGUCCCGGCAGGCCGUAGCUCAGCACGGGAACGCAAGAGGAUUGAUGUAAAGUUCAUGGUGGAUCAAGGUACAGCCCCAGGGGACGAGCAGGAGGCGGGAGAAGAAGAGAAGAGUCAGAGGAAGGCCAAGUUACGACCAAUGAGCGCGCCUGUGUACAAGACCAAACGGCCGUGGAGUGCCAAGUCCAUUACUUCUACCACCACCUCUAUUAGAUCUAAACGAGGAGCCAAAGCACUGUAUAAAGUCCAACCACAGGUCAUAAGGGCCACUGUCUACAAGAAUGGAGGACAGAGUGAUGCUACAAGAGUCACAGCUCACUCAAUGAAAACAUUUCUUGAGGCCUGCACGCUGAAGCUUGGACUACAGUUUGCAGCAAGACGUAUCUUCCUGAUCGACGGAACCGAGGUGAAAUUCUCCGAAGAGAUUCCAAAAGAUUCAGAAGUGUUCAUCUCAUGCGGGGAGCCGUACAAAGAUCCCUUCUCUAAUGUGAAAGGGGAUGCUCAUAAGAAGUUGUAUGCAGCUUGGACGAUGAAUGGUGUGGUUCUACCAACGGAGGCCAAAAAGAAAACUAAAUCUGCUCUCUCAAAGAGAAUGAGGAAAAUGUUGGAGACAAAGAUGAGGCGAGUUAUGAUAUUCAGAAAUGGUGACGGCACGGAGAUGGUUGAAACUACAGCCUCGGCUGAGAAUUUUGGCCGGUUUCUAGAUGACUGUACUGUAAGGCUUGGUUUGACUUCACCGUCUCGGAUGAUCUUCUCCUGGACUGGAGCUGAAAUCACAGACAUUAAUGAAGUUCCUCUGUUGGAUCGCUGUCUCCAGACUAGUACGACCCCACUCUAUGGCCCUGUGUGGAUCUCCAAAGGAGAACGAUUUAGUCCCAAAGGAGUAAAAGCCUUCUUGGACACCACCAUAAAAUUUUGCAAACAGAAACUCCAUGCAGCCCACUCUUACAAGAAACAGCUCCAGUAUGGCUUGGCCGGUCAGGCACAACAAAUCACAGUCAUUGAGAUACUCUCAAAGACUGAGCAAGAACUACAGAAAGAACUUCAAGAGACUGAGGAAGGAAUUGAAGAGUUCAGCGAGGCUAAGAGAAAGCUUCAAGAUAUCUUGGAUGAAAUUCAGGAUUCAGCAAUGGAGGAAGAGGGUGCUGGUGCAAACUACACCAUGACACACAUUAAGGAGUUUGACUCCUCGCACAGGCUUGUUGGGCAACAAGGCAUCAGACUUAAGGUCUAUGAGAAUGGACAAGAUGAAGCUGCUGAGACAGUGUUCUUCAAUCUCAGAGAAGCAUCCAAAGGCAUCGGAAAUAGUCAGGUGCUGCUCCUGCAAAGGUUACUUGAUGUAAUCACUCGCUGCGCCCCAAUGAAGAAGACAACGACAGCCCUUAGUAAAGUUGUCACAAAGAUAUUCGACCGAGAGGGCAAGGAACUGACGGACGUCCUGGCCCUGAAGAAUGACCAAGAGGUCUGGUCUUCAUUCGGGGAACCCUUCAUUGAUCCAAAUGUUUUCUGCCUUCAACUGACGCUAGACAAGGUCCAGGGAAUGGCUCUGUUUCAAGAGAGGAACGUAGCAGUGAGAGAGCCACUCACAUCUGAGGAUAUACCAAAGGGAGAGGAAAAACCAAGCAACUGGGAGGCAACAAUCGGAUUCCCGAUCCUCUACGACUACGAAGAAGUGACAUAUGACCUUAACAAAGACGUACUGGACAACAAACAACUUGCUGUGGAUAAACAUGAACUGGACAUCACUGGACACUUCCUGCAACACAAGGACAAUCCCGGUAUGGUGCUUUACUCUGAGCUGGCUCUUCAGCCUAAGAAAAAGCAAGGGAGUAGAGACGUCUGGCCUCCUAGGUCCCAGACAUGGGUCAUCAAUAAGCGCGGUCAGAUUUAUUGCCGAACGAUGCCCCAGCUGGCUCUGGCUGUCGUAGAGAAAUGGAAAGUACACAAACUGUUCGCUGACGAUGAAACAACAGCGGAAGGUCUAGCAGUGGGAAUGGAGAAAAGACAGCCUGGGAACCCCUUUCAGCAAUGGGAAUUCAGUGACGAUGGUUUUAUUUCUUCUUCAGCGGAACCAGGGCUCGUACUGACCUACAUCGAGAACAAGGUGCAAGAUGACAAUACGGUUGCCAUGGAUAUGAUGAUGGGAUUGGGGCAAGAGCAGACGGCAACAACCGAGCAGCCCAAAGAGACCUCACCAGACUCUUACGAGCCAGAUUUUGAUUCGUACGACGAUGAUCGUCAGGAGGAAGCAAAGGAGGAAAAGACUGAUGCGGCCAAGACGGAGAAAGAUCCGUUCCCGGGUCAGGUUUACUCGGUCGCCGUCAUCCCAAGAUUACCGGCUAGACAUCCAUGGGCCAAAGCACAAAGGUGGGCGCUGAAGCAAGAGAAAUUAGAGAAUCUCGGCCAAUGGAAACACACCAAGGCCCAGAACCCACUGUGGAACAAACUGGCCUAUUCCUGGCCGGUAAACGCCAAAGGGGAAUGGAACGAGGACUGUGAUUGGCCGAUGGAGGGGUAUCUUAUCCCUUAUGCCCCACCCAUCAAGAAAAUGACGAGGAAGGCUAGUACCGAGGUAGACUUGAACGAUGGGGGAGACCAGAGAGUGCCGUCCAUGAGAACAGUUCCACUGAGAUUGAGAGUCUUGAAGAAUGGUGAGAAGGAUGUUCAGCGAAUGGCCCAUGUCAUCGGCCCGGACCUUACCAAUAUGAUGAGGGAUUUGAAUAAGACAGCUAUGAAUGGAAAGCGGCCGCAUCGUCGGAGUCUCUCUAGAGACAAGAAUCUGGACAGACAGGAAGAGGAGAUGACUAAGAGGAAGCAAGCCAAGAAAGAUGACCUCAAAGCUCUCGAAUUCCAGCUGUUUUUGGAUCGAUGCACAGCCCUUCUCAAUCUUCCAUUCGCGGCCCGUCGUCUCUACGACCAAGACGGUAAGGAACACCACAAUCUGGACAACCUACAGCGAGAUCAGCUUGCCUUCGUCUCCUGUGGCGAGGCGUGGAGUGACCCCAACCUAUCCAGCCAGGAGCAACAACGACGUAUGAUUCUUGCGACACUGGCGGCAGACGUCAACGCCAUGAAAGAGUUUUGUGCAUUACGAAAUCCCAUGAACAUUGUCCUGGAUGUUGACGGCCAGCUAGCUGCAGGGAGCCCUCUAGUGGUGAACCCAAUCGCAGUCACACCCGAAGAGAGACAGCACAUCAUAAGGGGUCCGACCCCUGAACCAGAAGACGAGGAAAAUGAGACUGAGGGAGAUCCUUAUGCUAAUCUGAGUGCGCAUGAGCGCGCCCACAUGGUGUCCGAGCAGCGAGCAGAGGGUCUGAAAUGGCCGUGGGAGCGUGUCCUGAAUGUGGGUCUGGAUGAGGUCAUAGAGGUCAAUCAGGGGUCACCAAAGGAAGAACCCGCUUUCACAAACCAAGAUCUCUACAAGAAGUUCAGGCCCAAGCAGCCUAAAAGUCCACGAAGCAACCACCUAGCCCAUCAACGCUUUGUAUUUGAAGAUGGUUUCUUGGCCGUCAAGUCGGCGCCGUACCUCGUUGUUGGCUUGGAGCAGCCAGAGAUUGAACUCUCUAGGGUGGUAUUGUGUAAGAAGAAUCCUGAAGAUCCAACGAUGAGAUGGGAUGCCGACACUCAGGGGUUUAUUCGCUCCAAGGCCAAUCCCGAACUCGUCCUUGGUGUCCAGAUGCCCGGCCUCAAGUCAGACGAUGAUGGCACCACCUGCAGCAGUUUCUACAACCAGCCUGUCUCGCUGCAGCACCAACGGAUAGAGAAAUACGGAACGGCAAAUCAGAAAUGGUCCUUUGAGAAGGAGACUGGUUUUAUGGAUGCUUUCUCAGCCGACGUCAGAGACAAAGAGGUAACAGCAGCAAACAAGGCCAAUGUUUGUACAUUUGCUGUAUGUGGAGAAACACCAGUGGAUCAGGCGGGUUUUGUUGUGAUGGGUGUCAAGUCAUCUGAGCCUGUUAUGGUUUGUGCGGCCUGCGCUCGAUCCAUGAGGGCAAAUACCAGACUACGCAAACUGGAGAAAAACACAGAGUUUAUCUGCGCCGUUGGACUGGCACCCCAGCGAGGGGUUAAAAUGAUCGGCUGUUUCCAGUGCUUGAGUGGAAAGGUUGACCUGUCCACAUUCGAAGCUUCAAAUAGCCUAAGUCAAUAUGACAAAGAGCUGAAGCGUCUUAGGCAGAUGUCCAGUGCUCGGAUUAUUGCCAGGGAGAUAUCCGCUUACCAACAUGUCCAGACUGUCCGGAUCCUGGCUCAUCGGAAUGGGGACGGGAGAACUACGGAAGGUGUCCUGAUGGUUGGAUCCACUGUUAGAGGGUUUUUAGAUCAGUGUACGUAUCACCUUCAGCUGUCGACAGCAGGGAGACGGAUCUACACCCAGGAUGGAACAUUGAUUCUAACAGUGUCUGAUCUGAUUCACUGGAACCUUGCAUGCUAUGGGCUCUCUGGUAUGGAUAUAAAUGAUCAGCAAGAUGGAGAAAAGAAGGAAAAAAAUGGGGAGAAGCGAAAGGAGAGCUUGGACUUGAAGACGUCAUCAGUGCUUCGAAUCCCAGUCGAGGUAUGGGUGUCAUGUGGAGAGCAGUUUGCACGACCAGAACAUGUUGAUUACAGACGGAAACUUUUGCUGCAGCAGAGAGAGGAGAGAGCAGGAGUCGUUCUUGAACUUGAGAAAGAAAAGCACAUCUUAAGACAAAUGCAAGGGCGAAGGACCCAUGGAAUGGAAGGCCCCCAAUACAUCAGCACCUUCAGCCCAGAGGCGCCGGUCAUGGUAGAGGGUGGCUGGACCCAACCCAGCAUCGGGGAAGUUCGGAAAUCCUUGACCGUCCACCAGCUUGAGAAUCACCUCCAAGAGGUCAAAGGUCAGCAGAAGCAGCAGUCCAAUCACAGCACUAAGUCUGUAGUGGAUGGCAGUAAGAAACUCUACAGCCAGCCUAACAUGAAACGUGUGAAGGCCUACAAGAAUGGAGAUCCACCAGAUAAGUGGACCUACGUAUGGGGUUCAUCCAUACCAGAGAUCCUGCAGGAUGGUACAAACAGAUUAGACCUUCGCAAAACGGCCGGGCAACUCUUCACCCCGGACGGACGAAAACUGACAACGUUCGAGGAGAUCAAACGAGAUCAGCUGGUGUGUGUGUCGUACGGAGAUCAUUAUAAGGGAUCAAAAGGGAGUCGCUCCCAAGUUGAAGUCAAGGCAAACUGGUCUCGAGCGAGGAAGAAGGACGGACCCCAAGCGACUGAGAUCACAGUGACGUCAAACAAACACCCAGCAGUCACGGUUGAUCCUUUUGGUCCCCCCGCAUUGGCGCUAACUGCCCACGCAACAGAAUCAGAGAAACCAGACCAUUGAGUGUAUUAUGCUGUGUUCAUCUUGGACAUACACCCCAUUCAGAAACCAGACCAUUGAGGGUAAUAUGCUGUGGCCAUCUUGGACAUACACCCUGACUUCAUGGUGGUAAUGGAAAGAGAUGAUUCAGAAACCAGACUAUUGAGUGUAUUAUGCUGUGUCCGUCUUGGACAUACACCUUGACUUCAUGAUGGUAAUGGAAAGAGAUUAUUCAGAAACCAGACCAUUGAGUGUAUUAUGCUUUGUCCGUCUUGGACAUACACCCUGACUUCAUGGGCGGGGAACAGACUAUUUCUCUUUAAGCAUCUGUUUUGAACCAGGACUCUGACUUUCUGAGAUGUAUUCCUGAGUUUAAGGGCCAUUCAGAAAAGUAAAUUCAAAAAAAAUAAUGGUUUGCUCUUGAAAUUGUUUUGACCCACCCACCCCAGUGUCAAUUUGUAACUAUUUAACUAAUAAAAGUAAUGCCUCAAAUGAAUGAACCAGAUAUUUUAAGUCAAAUUUCUCGAACAUCAGUAGUUUUCAAUUGCUUUUUCUGGCUUAAACAAACCAAACAACUUUGUAGUUUAAUCAGAUAUUAAAUUGGCGAUCUUGGCAAGCUUAGUAGUUGUUCUUUUUCGUUUGGCAAUGAUAAUCUUCCAUUUUUAAAAUGAAAACUGAUUUUCAAUUUUUUAAGACCAAUCCACACAAAUUUGAAAACAAAUAAUUCUGUUUAACAUUGAGUAUUCUGAAUGGCCCCCUUGGACACAUAUUUGAUCGUAGUACUCUGCUUUGUGUCCAUUUUAUUAAAAAAAAGGCUGAAUGUAAAUAUUGAAUUUAAUGCAUUGGCUUGUGGCAAUAUAUUGUUUAAAUAUUUGAAGAAAUAAACCUUGUAAAACAGUAGGGUUUUUUUUAAAGUAAAAGUAGAAUUUGAAAUAAAGCAAGUUAGGUUUGUGGUGACACCAUGCAUACAUGCCAAUUUUGAGAUUGAAGGCCGCACGAAAAUUACUAUUUCAGACAAAAGACAGCAAUGAACAAAAUAAAAAAGUUCUGUCUUGCGACAGUAGAGAUUUGUUACUGGACACAGUUAUUUGUGUACAUUGUUUUAAAUAUCAACAAUGUUCAUGUUAUUAGCUUUAAGCCCGGUGCAUACUUUCUGCGAAUGCAAAUACGAUACAAAUUUUGGCGCCACAAAUUCGUAACAAAUAAUUCGCAUCAGUUGAAUUGUGCUCAACUCUUGCGGCGAAUUAUUCACAGCGAAAACAGCGCUGUGAUGACAACAUUUGUAUGGGAAGUAUGAACCAAGCUUUACUCGCAUGACUCUGUGCGACACUGUCCGUGGUGGUCUCAUAAAAUUAGUGGUCCUAUCUUUGAGGUUUGAAAAUUUUGACAGGUAUGCACCAUGUUCAUGAACAAAAUCUCUCUAUUUGAUUAUGGUGUUCUUAAAAGAACGAUGACAUACUGAUCUACAGAAAUUGCAGUAGUUAUUAUAGCUACAAAACUACAAAAACACUACAUGGCACUGCUUACCGCUGAAUGCUGCGCUUGUAAUAACCAUUCUUCAAAAUUACAGGAAUGUUAUUGGCCCAAUGACCAGGGCACUAAUAUAAAGUGCAUUGAUAUGCUAUUGAAAACGCGCUUUAUAAGAACUAGAUAAUAUUAAUAUUAAAUACACAUUCCAGUUUUUAAAUUCCUGUGGAAACUUCUUUCUUGUCUUUCCGUUGUCCCCAUCUUUUUAUCUUCCCACAAACAUUCCUUGUUGAAACAUGCCACUGUUCUGCUGUGAAGACCGUUUUAUUCUUUUGUCUUCAAGUCUCUAGGUAGCCAAUAAAUAACAACUUUUUUUCCUUUUCCUUUUACCAAUUCAGUUUCCCUUUCAGGUUAAAAUCUUGAUAUUUCUUCAAACACAAAUCUGCAUCCCCUUAAAGGUAUAUGUUUGGAGAUUACUCAAAACAAGUAUUAACUUAAAAACUGACUUAGUAACGAGCAUUGGAGAGCUGUUGAUAGUAUAAACAUU